AUGAAGCGCCGUUUCGGAAGCCGAGACCAGGAGUGGCUGCAUCCCCAGCACUUCCACGACGAACCCGUCUACUGCGAGGCCCCGCACCGCCCCGAAGACGUCCUCUACUCCGGCUCCGACGACGAGGCAUACAGCAGCGCGGCAGAGCGCCGCAUUCGACUCGAGACCCAAGCUCGGCGCUUCAUCGAAGGCAAGCCCGUGUUCUUGCUGUCCGCCUCCCUGCGCGGGCCGUUUGAUAGAACAUCUGGCUGGGUCAACCCGUGGCGAUCGAAGUCGGAUGCGGCAUACCGAACAGGAACCACGCAGAGGAGAAAACGUCCAGCGCCACAAAGAGCCGCCGGCCAAAAUGAUUCCUCGAACCCCUGCCCCCCCCUCACCCCCGAGAGCAAGGCGGCCGAGCAGCCUCAAGUCCUGUACACACCGCCGCUCUACAUGGACGAUGAUGCGUUCGAACGAGUGCGGAAUUGGCGAGAUAGGGUCAUCGCCGAGACAAUCGGCGUCCCUACUAGCGCAGCCCAAUCCGUUCCACACACGGAACCCACGUCGGCCGACUCGAGGCGCGCGACACAACAAACGAUCAGGAGACAAUCCGACAUCACGCCGCGUACACCAAACGAUGAGCUCGCGAGGACCAUUCCGCCAGAUACUACCGAUCUCUCUCCUCGCGCUGUCAAGCUCUAUGAGCAGCUGGUCCUUUCCAGCCGGGAGUCCCGUUUACCGUCUGCGAAGCGAAUGGUGACAAACGAAACGGCAUCGAAGGCAACUCACGCAGGGAAAUCUCUUCCAUCAACGACACGUGGAGCUCAAAAGUAUUUGAAAGCAGCGAAUUCCACGCCCCUUGGGGCCGUUCUUGAGGCGACAUUAUCUUCGGCACCGGCAAAGACGCAGGCAAGCUCCCGCACUGACGGAAGCUUCCGCUACCGGCGCAGGGAUGGUCGAGGGAAGGCUUCAUCCUUGGGUAGGAGCAAGCUCGCCGAUCCCCCAUCCGCGCCCAACGAUCCCUCUACGCCCGCAAACUCAGUGGGGCCCAUAGCCCCGACAGCAGAGCUGGAGAAAUCCGAGUCUAAUGAAUCCACUGGCGUGAGACGCUCUGCGAAAGCGUCAAGGGCUAUGUCCGGGGCUGGCCAGCCGGUUGACGAGGUUUCCCCCGGAAUCAAGGCACAGCAGGCGCCUGAAGGUGCAUCGCAGUGUCACCCUCCCCAGAGCAUCCAAGACGCAGGCGGGCAGGCGACGGAUCAGGGUCACGGUUACAAGCAUGAUGUGGUGGAAGCAGCUUCGCAAAUUGACGGACCUACAUUAGUGCCCUCAUGGUCGCCGUCAAAUUCCGACCAUAUGAGCAUGCCCAGCUUUGGGCACUUCUCAGUGGAAAAGCACUCGCAAGACGUCGUAUCGAGUGCCUUCGGACUACCUCGGCGAUUGCUUUGGCCCAAGUCGCGUCGCAGUGCCUUGGGGGACGACUUGUUUGCGUCUGGCCUGGAAUCCUCGGACACUCCAGUAUCAAAGCCACAAGAGCUCGGCCUCGAAUGUUGUCAUACCCAAUCAACUUGUCCUCCAGCACAACAGAAAGAAUGUCCGCCCCAAACCGUCGAGAAUAUUACAACUGUCCGGAUGCCAAGCGAACAGAACGUCCAAACCUCGGGUCAAAGAAACCAGCAUGUGUUUCCUGAGGUGGUCGUGCGAGGUGCAGAGGGUGCUGCGAACGGAGCAGCGGAAAGAGAAACGACGAGUGAGGCGGAAGACGAGCAUCUUCAGAGAACUGAGGAGCCACACAUCCCGCCAGAGGCCGAAUCUGCUCCCGCAGACCAAGUUGAACCGGAGCAAUCUGGCGUCUCUCAACGUCCAGAAGCCCAGAGCCCUUGGGUUACAGACGAUUCAGCGGCGAUUACUCGGCGACCGUCCACUUCCCACUCGCAACAUCGCAGUGAUUUUCAUUCAAGCCCGCCUAACGCUACUCAAAGCCCGUGGACUAAGGAAACGGAUCUCGCGCCCGGCGCCUCUGGCAGCGCCUGCCUGGCCCCUUCUUCCCAUGUUCCAGCCGCAAAACCGUCCCUCGUUGCGGUCGAACAGGCGGCUUCGCAAAGUCCCUGGGCGAGAGGCGACUCGCAGCUGCAGUUGCCGGCGACCCGGCUGUUCAAACCGCUGUCUUCGCCGGCCAGCAGCCAUGUUCUGCCGACUGGCAAUACUAUCACUCAUUCAGAAUCCCGCGACGACGAUGUCAGCAUGCAUGAUUCCCAACUAUAUCCCCACCGUCCAUCUACUCCUGAGACCAGGCAAUCUGGCCUGCCCACCCCUGAUUUCACCUUCUCAGUCAAGUCAUUCAAACAGUUCAUGACGCCGUCUCCACGGCCCGCCGCGAAGCGACGCCGCAUAUCCGCCAUCACAGAUGACCAUCUCCCCAGCACGCAAGCCCUCGUCGACGCGGCCAUCUCCAACCCCUGGGCCGCCCAACCGCCUAGCACGAACUCCACGAAGCCGAAAUCGAAGUCGAAGUCGAAGCCAAAACAAAAACACAAGCGACCCGCGAAGCGCGUCUCCUGGGCCGACCAAGCCGGAGAGGAAGAGCCCAGCACACCAUCAUCCACCCACCCCAGCGACCAACCAGCCCAGCCCGCCAGCAGCGGCAGCCGACCGCGGCGCGCGGCCGCCUCCCCGCCGCCGAGCAUCCUCUCCACCGCCGAGCUCCCCGCCGCGGACCAGAAGUUUGGCAGGCACUUCGCGGCCGUGGCGAGCCGGCGCGUGGGCACGACGACGCUGAAAGCGGUGCCGGGGAGGUGCGCCCCGUCGGCGGGGUCGCGCCUGCUGCCCAGCGCCUCGCAGCAGGUGUGUGCGAGUCCCGCGGUGGGGGCCAUGGCGGAGGCGUUUUUGCGCGCUGAUGCGGAGGCUGCGGGCGUGCUGGCUUGUGAUGGUUUUGGGGAUGGGGAAAGAGAUGGGGAUGGGGAUUGGCAAAGAGCAGGGGAUGGGCAAAGAACAGGGGAUGAGGAUGGGGAUGGGGAUGGGGAUGGGGAUAAUAUGGACGGCGGAAGGAGUGAGGAGGAGGAGGAGGAGGAGACAGAGGAGGAGGAACCGCAGGUCGACGACGUCAGCGCCGUGUUGCAGAACCUGGAUGACUUCAUCCAGAGCUGGGACCUGGAUGUGGAACUUGCCAAGGCGCGCACUGAGAGGGAACGCGAGAGCCGCGCGCAUCGGGAUGUGCCCGGUACUGACGCUGGGUUGUCUGGUUUACUGGACAUUGGUGUUUGGGACUAG